AUGUCUCAUUUUCAAGGCAUUCCCAUGUACGACGACGCUGCGUUGUUGUCUCUGGCUCGGGAGACACCUCUGCCUGGCGAUGCCACCGAAAAUAGGGCAUCAACAGCUGAGCCUAUCACUCCACACCGUCCCAACGUAAGUUCUUCUCGCGUUGGACUUCCCACACCCCGAAAUCCCCUCCCUGUACCCCGAAGACUCAAGCGUCGUGCUCCACUCGCGGACAUCGAGAUCUUCGCCGAUCCGAACGGUGCUUCCCGGCCGGCGAAGAAGUCUGCAACCGCCCGCAAGGAUGGUCGAACUCCGCUUGGAGAGAGGAAGGACUUCGGGAAUACCUGUCCUCGCACUCCGACAGUCACUCCUCAAUUCACUCCAUCCAUUGAGGACUGGAACCGGUUUGCACACUGGUUUACGCCACCGCCGACGCCACGCCCUAGCCCACAGCCUCGCAUCGUUCGUCCUGCACGUGUUACGGAGCCCGCCUGUAUGAUCUUGUACAGCUUCCUGGAGAUUCCGAACUGGAAGGCCACCACCGAGGAGAUCAAGACUGCCUUCAAGAAGGUUGCAGUCAAAUAUCACCCGGACAAGGUCGAAGAACACCAAAAGGCAGAUGCCCACGACAAUAUGUUGUGUAUCAAUGCCUCCCGCGAUGUCCUGCUCGACAAGGCGGCCCGCUCCAAGUACCACAAGGACGGCAAGCUCCCCAGGGUCUUUGCGCAGGUGUUUCCCGACUUCCACCGAGUCUAG